CCAGCGCCGAGGUUCCCCGUCCGACACUGUGAGGUGACCGCCAUGUUUGCUUUUGGUUCACGCAGAGUCCUACAGUCUCGACUGGGGCUCGCGACGCUCCAGCCGCAAGCGCUCUGUCGACGUGCUAUCCCUGUCUCGAGGAGCGCCAGCACUGCUGCUCCUGAAGUGGUGCCUCGACCAUCGCGGUGGCGGCGUUACUCGAGGUACUUGAGCAUCGUGUGCCGACUGGGCUUCUGCGGAGUCGGGCUCUUUGCCGGGUGGAUAGCUGUAGACUUUGUGUCACUUCGAUAUAUGCCACAGGUACCUGGCACAAGUUUUGAUUCCCUCAAGCUUAAAUCAAUCCUUGCGGAUUACGAAUCCGAGCCACCGGUGGUGAAGGCGCUGCGAGAAGACCCCUAUUAUAUAGAGGCGGAUGUGUACGGGAACUACACGGAGGAGGAGAAGCUACAGAGACUCAGCUCCGGUCCGUUGGGAGGGAGCAGAGGGCUAGCGCUUCAGAAAAUCUUCUACAACGAUAGGGCGAAGACGGUAGUCAAUUACGCCUAUCUCGGACUCGGGCUGGAAGGAUGGCCGACGAUAGUGCAUGGUGGACUGUUGGCGACGGUGAUGGAUGAAAACCUGGCCCGGGUCGCUAUCAGACAUUUCCCUGAGCGUACCGCCGUUACUGCAAAUCUCCAGCUCCAGUACCGUCGCCCCGUCUCAUCGAACAAGUUCUAUACUUUCCACGCUACGCUGGACGAGGGGCGGAGUACAGACCGCAAGGCCUGGGUGAAUGGGGAAGUGCGCGAUGCCAAGGGGAACGUGUGCGUCGAGGCUACGGGGCUCUUUGUAGUCCCGAAGGAUUAUAAGCUCCAAGAGGUUGGGGACCGGUUCUGAGCGGGCUGGCUGCCACUGCGGUUGGUCUGGAUAUACCCAGGCUGUAUACCACCGAAGCCAGCGAGGCGAGCCGUGGGAAGUGUUGUUUUUAUCUCUUUGCCCAUGUACAUAGCAUAGAAACCGUCGAUGUGGAUGUGACCUCGAGGUCAAAUAGAG